AUGGGGUGUACUCCUUCACGUAGUGAUAUUGUUAAGAAUCAUGAAAAACAUGGAACAAAGUUGAUGAAUAAAAGAAUUCAGUUAGUUGAUCGGGGAGGUGAAGGUUUUUCAUUCCCUUUGCUGAUCAAAGGCUCCUCUUCUUAUGAUACUGAACGGAUAAGACAGGGGGAGGCUCAAGUUAAAGAUAGCUUCUUCAAAAAUUUAUCAAAUGAAGAGAAGGAUGUUAAUUUCUAUUCCUCCUCUGAGGACCCUUUGCUACCUGAACUGGACCAGGAAGAGAAAGAAAUUGAAAAGGUAGUCUCAGAGACUGAGAUAGCCAUUUCUGAAUUGAUGGAGUCAGACAAAUAUAUAGCAGAAGCAAUUAUGGUCAAAAAGCAAAUAAAAUGUGAAUCAGAAAAGGUUGAUUUUACUGUGGAAGAUAAAAGUGAAAGCAACAAAAAUCAAAACCUCAAAAAUGGGAAGAAGCAAAAGAACAGGCAGGGAAAACCAGGCCGGCCUUGCAAAACUAAAGAGAAACCCAGUCCUUCUAUAUGUAAGCCUGAGAAAAAGAUAGAUUUCCCAGAUGCACUUGUUAAGGCCCAUCAAAAUACAUAUGCCUAUCUCAAUCCCAGUCUUUCCAAAUAUGAGGCUAUCUUAUGCAUGACCCAUCAGGUCAUUGAAACGCAACUAAUUGUGCAACAAAUGGUGAACUUUUUGCUUUUUCGUUUUGAUGAAAUCAACCACCUUUUAGAAGAAAUGACUGAAGAUGGAGAAGAUCUUCUCAAAGAAGUAGGAUGGAACCUGGCUUGGCCAGCUGGCAAAGAAAACCCAAAAGAGCAGCCAGAUCUUUUGCAACAAUUACUACAAUAUACAGUCAACAAAAUGCAGUUGUUAAAUGGAACUGUGGCUUCUUUAGCCUCUGAUGUCCUACAGGAAUCUUGCAGCUUUUUGCAGUCUGCAAGUAGCCGCUUAGAAGAAAAAAUGAAAGCAAAGCAACAUUUUGAUGAACGCUUGCUCAGGAUAAUAAAACUUCUUGAAGAAUCUGCAGCUGGAUCUCCCUAUCCUUACCUUGAUGAUUUGACUCUUUAUUCUGAAGACAGUGGAAUAGGCAUUGACAGUGAAUCAGUGAAAGAUUUAAAUCUUACUAAUAAGCAUGGAAUGGAAACGAAUUGUGAUUCCUAUUCACAUGUUCAGACAUCCCUAAAUCAGAACAGAAAAUCAAGAGAAAACAAAUGUCCAUGCAACUCCAGGGAUGGUAUAACCAAGUCCCAUGACUGUGGGCUAGAAAAACAGUUUAAGAAUAUAUCUUGCUCACCUCCACAGACUAGGAAUGCAGUGUUAUCAUCUCAGGUAGCAUCAGAAAGUGGAUCUACCUUUCUCCAAUGUCAAAACAUCUUGAAAACUUUUAACUCUGGGCACUGUGAUAUAACCCAUGAAAGUAAUAGCUUCAGACAGAGUGAAUUGGCCAGUAUUUCUUCCACAAAUGAAAACAGUAGUGCCAACAGUUUAUCUGAGGAAGAAUAUGACACUAUAAGUCUGCCUGAAAAAGAAAAAAAUAUUUUAUUUAAAAGAUCUACAUCUUUUCCUGCAGCAAGAGAGAAUAGAAAGAAGCCUUCCACCAAACGAAUAGAGAGCCCAGAUAAUGAGGAGAUAAUACUCAAAAUGAAAGAUGCCAUUAGUGAAAAGAUAAAAUUUGUUCCAGCUACAAGUGGACAAAGGGGGUGGGUGGAAGAUGAAAAUGGAAAAGAAUUUCCAAGACCUAGUACAGCCUCUGGGUGCCAGAAGACACCAGUUAAACAGAAACGGUCUAGGUCUGAGGAGUCUCUGAAAAGUCAUGCUGAGGACCCAACUCUUUUGGAACUUCAAAGGACUCAAAAAGAUCUUGACAGAAGGCUAGAAUUAUUUUAUAAAUUAAAUAGAAAAGAGGAAAUCAAUGAUACAUUGGAAACACUGAAUCCAAAAGAAUUGUGUGACCUACAAAAUUUUGAGCAUGUUACUCAUAGACCUUCCACCAAUAAACUGAGAGCAUCUUUUGCUAAAAAUUUCAGUAUAGUGCCUGAUCCUUCAUGUAGAUACAGUGAAAAUGUAAAAUGUAGAAAAUCUGUCACAAGUGACAUGUCUUCAAAAGAUUUGAUAUCGAGAAAAGAAAAUUAUUCUGGGACACCCAAACCGAACACUCCUCGUAAAUCUGUGAAAAAGUUAAUAGAAACAUUUAGCUCAUCUGAAAGUCUGGUGAAACCCACAAGCUUAAGAACAUUGGGCCCAAUAAAAUGUGUCAGAAAGUUUGGACUUCGAAGUAUUUCUCCCAACCUUCCACUUCCUAGAGGACUUGUGCCCUUAAAUCACAAACAUAAAGUUUCACCAUUGGAAGAUACCAGUUGCAAAAACAUCAGAACUAGUCGUUGUACUCUUAGUAGCAAUAGCUCACUUGUACUUGCAAGUAGCUGUGAUACAAAUGAGGAUUCUGGUGAGGUUGAUAUGGACAACUUGCCUCCUCCACCUCCUGAAAUGUUAAUGGACAUUUUAUCUGAAUCAACUGAAUCUUCAGAAGAUGUAAAGACAGAAGAAAACUACUUGGAAGUGGCUGAUAAGACUGCCAAAACAAAUGAACAGUGCACCACUAAGAAAAUUACUCAGAUUUCUCAGCGGAUGAAACUUUCCCUCUGUUCAAUUGACCUGUUACCAAAUAAGAAUCUUACCAAUCCCCCAGUUGCCAACAAAGCACCCAAUAAUGGGGUGGAUACCAUACCAAAUAAAUAUUUUGUAGAGUUGAAUUCAACUUAUAUGUCUGAUUGCUGCAAAAGGGAUCAUGAAAUAGAAAAAGUUGCAGAUCUGUAUAAACAGUCUUGUAAAAUAAUACCUCUUCCAAAUCCUAAAGAAACAUUAGAACAGAAUGGGAGCAAUCCAGGAAACAAGAAUAGUAGUGAAUCUCCUCUAGCUGAAAAGCGAAGUUCCCCCAAUUUAUUAAAGAAAAAUGAGAAAAUGUCAGGUUUUAUCAGCCGAGUAUCACCAGUAAGAAUGCCACCUUCAUCACCUCCCAAUCAGAAGAGGUUUCCAAGUCCAUCAGUUUAUCACAGACCUAUUCAUCAAGUUUCUUCUCCUACUCUGCAUCAACAAUCUGGACCCUCGACUCACUCCAAGGCAACAAACCCCCCAAUACAGAGGAAGGUGGUUUCCCCACCAACUCAGCAAAAUCUCUCUAAUCCUCCAGUGAUACGCAAACAACAAAGCCCCCAGAGUCAGAAAGUGUCCAGUCUACCACCCCAUGACCAAGAAGCAAAUGCACCUCCUUUUGCAACUACUCCAUCCCCGUCUACUUCCCCAUCUCAGUUGCAUAAAUGCUUACAAAACAAUAUGGACUCCAAGGAUGAGCAGUAUUCUGCCUCCCCCAAGAUUGUUAGCAAUGCUCACUCAAUAUUUUGUCCAGCUACUUCCUCUUUAUUUGAAGCCAAGCCAGUGGUGUCAUCAAACAUCAACCCAAUGGGGGUGGCUGUGGCCCAGCCUGAAGCCUCAACAUGUGCAUGGAGAAAUAGCAUGCAGCUCAGGCAAUUUGUGGACCAACAGAGGAUGACCAUCAGUGCUGCCAGUCCUCAGCCUUUCCUCAGAAGGAGCUUCUCUGACCACAGGCCUGGAUUCCAGCUUCCACUGCCAUUGUUUGUUACAGCAGAGAGUGACCCUGUGCUUAACCAAACAAGGUAA